AUGCGGAUCCCCUGCAGGAGAUUGUCACUCUGGACGAAUCGCCUUCUGCAGAAAGGAGAAAAACGUGAGACGGAGAAAAUAUUUGAAAAGUGUUCGCCCAAAAGAAAGGAUAGCAAAAAGUUCAAGGAUCACAUAUACGAAAGUAUAGAGGACUUACCAAAUAAAAGUCUAACAGAAUCAGUUUCUGAGAAAGAACUGAACGCCAUCGCCAAAUCUUUAUCGGAAGCCGAAGACAUCGGCAGAGUCACCGACGAUCUCAUAGCCCGUGACAGCUUGACUCGAUCCUUAGAUCAGUACCUCAAGGAAGAGCUUAUGAGCGCCGAAGACCAGGCCAUGAUCGACUCCAAGAACGAAAUCUUGCAAGACAUCCUGAAAAGAAUAGCUGAUGAGAACCAAGCACAAGCACCUUUGUCCAAAAUGGAUUCCGAGGAGGAAGAAAAAGCCAAACUGGUCAAGCAAAUGCCAAUACCUGAAAAGGAUGAGGAAAUGGAAAAUUUAGACGGCGAUAAAUGUCUAGUCAUUGAUAUUACGGAAACUGUAGAAGAAGAAAUUGUUGAUUUUAUUGUAAUGCCAGAUGAGGAUCAGGACAUUGGUGAACUUUCAGAAAAAGGCGAGGUGUUCGAUUCCGGUAAAGGUGAAGAAGAGAAGAAGAAAGUUUCUCAGGAUAAAGAGUCGCUCUCGGAUAGCGGGGAGAAAGAUGAGCUGUUGGAUGCCAAAAGCCGUAGAUCAAAAUUCAGAUUUUAUUUUUAAAUAUAACGCUCCAC